UAAUAGCUGCUGGUGCGCAUGGUGUGUCGUUGUCCAGUGAGUGCUAGCGCCCUCGCAAGAUCGUAGAUGUGCGCAUGGAGUACAGCUUGCCUUUACGCCUUACUGCCGUACUUGCUUGCUGCUCCGCUGGUGUGCGCAGAACCGUCGCGCCUGUUGUCGCUCAUGGAUCGCGGGAGCUGCGGGCGCUGCAAUCGUCUUGAGCGCUUGAGCGGAUGGGUGUUGAUGCGCAAAGCUUUUUGCGCCGAGCCGCUGCCUUUACUACGGGGCAUGAUUGUGUCGUGUUGCUGUACGCGUCAAGCAAGCGUUGCCUCUGUCAACUCUUCCACCAUCCUCGCCGUGGAUGGAGCAAGAUCUGUCAUCGCAUGGAGCAGAUGCUACAACGGUGGCGGAGUUGGCGCUUGGUUACAGGCGGGCGUUUGGCGUUGAGACAAGAUGCUGAUGCCGCGGACUGCUCGAUAGCUUACUAUCGCUUCCGGGUUACGAAAGGAAGCAUGAUCGCCGUUGCUGGCCCUAAUGGUCGUCUACGAAGGAGAGGAGGAGGAGAUUUACUGCUCAAGUGCUGGCGGGAAGUUUGUGGAGAGCCUGAGUGUCUUCCCGGUGAUCUCAGCCCCCCCUGAACGAUAUACUUGGCGUGAUAGAUGCUGCGCAAGCUUCGAGUAUAGUCUCCGAUCGAUAUAAUCGGUCGCUGUCGGUAUUUUGCA